AUGUCAGCAGUGACCAACCAGCCUCUUCCUUUUGGUCGACUGGAACGAGAAAAGCACAUCCAGAUGAUCUUCAGAGCUUUCCAGAACCACUGUGGCCCUUCACAUGAGUGCCAAACUCACUCACCUGGACCCAAACCCCACCGAACGCCUCCUGACUGGGAAUCUGAUGAGCAGCUUUCAGGUCGGGCUCCCGUAAGGAAGAUGGAGAACGGCUACAUACAGCCACUGGAGAAAGUGAACUGGCAAGGGAUGGAGGAGCAGAACCUUGGAGGUGCAGCUGGAUCAGACUUCACGUCUGUGCUGGAAACAGUCAGUCGGAUUCACAUUAGUGCUAGGCCAGAGCUACAAGGUCCAGAGUGUGUUCCCAGGAGGAUCUACAGCAUCACCACGGGAGGCAGCAGGUCGCAGUUAUUUGUGGCCUUGGAAGAGAGUUCAUGUGUGUGUCUCCAGUGUUGCGGUCCAGCUCGGGCCUGUUCUUUGAAGGGCUUCGACUGUCAGGGCCGUCAGGUCUUUUAUUUUGAAAGGCCCUUCAGGGUGGAUGCCUGCUGCCUCGGCUGCUGCCUGAUGGAGAUGAGGGUCUACACACCUCAAAGACAUCUCAUUGGCACUGUAUGCCAGAGGUGGAGCAUGUUCACCCCUCUCCUGGAAGUGUGUGAUUCAGAAGGGGUAUCUGCCAUCAGAAUCCAGGGCUCCUGCUGUCCAUGUCGCUGUUUCUCCAGCCAGCAAUUUCAGAUUGUCUCAAACAUUGGUGAGAAAAUUGGCACAAUAUGGAAGAAAUGGCCUGGCUUCAAUGAGGAACAUAACACGGACCAUGAAUAUUUUGGGUUGGAGGUGCCACGGAGUAUGGAAUCACACCUUAAACUGCUGCUGCUGGCAGCCACUUUCUUGUUGAAUCACAUGUUCUUUGAGAUGAGCUGAUCAGUAAAAAGAGAACCAAUCAUUCGUAACAGAUACGUGGACUACAGCUACUGAGCCACACCAGCCAGGUCAUGCACAUUAUGGCACA